AAUCUCGAGAAGCAAAACAUCUGUAUAAAAAAAAUGGCACAAGCUACACGUCAGUCUUCUCUAGAAGGCGAGCUUAAGGAAGAUGUUGAGAUCAAAGCUUCGGCAAAGAAGUACUACCAAAUGCUUGCUGGAAGACCAAAUGAUAUUGCAAAAUCCACUCCUGACAACGUCAAGGGAUGUACUUUGCGUCAGGGGGAGUUUGGCAAACUUGGCAGUGUCAUUGUCUGGAACUAUGUGAUUGAUGGGGAGCCAAAGGUGAUGAAGCAGAGGAUCAUGGCAGUUGAUCAUGAGAAGAAUCUGUUAGUGUUCAAGGUAAUCGAUGGAGAUAUGAUGAAAGACUUCAAGAGCUUCUUCAUCUCUAUCCAUGCAACCCCAAAGCUAAGAGGACCUGGAAGUGUGGUUAGCUGUCACUUCAAAUAUGAGAGGAUUGACGAGAAGGUGGCUCACCCGGAGAAACUGCUCGCCUUGAUUAUUAAGGCAUCCAGAGACAUGGGAGAAAUGCUAUUGUCCGAAGUCUAGAGGACUCUUCGGAUAUCAAUCUAUUUAUCUAUCUAUGUGUUGUGGUGUUGUGUAAGAUGUCUCAAUAAUGUGCUCUCUCUAUGAAGAGAUCUAGUCUGCAAGUAUGUCAUAUGUGGUGUCCGCUAUUGCAGAGUUUGUUUACUUACGCUUGAAGUUGUAUUAGUUGCAAACUGUGACCUUUGUGUAAUUGUGUUGAUCUAUAUAGGCUUCGCCUAUGCUUAUUCUCUUUUCAACAAUGAAUGAAUAAAUAGUUUGUAAUAAUAACGAAAAUUCUGU